AGAUUAUUACGAGAAUAUACCUUUAUUACCAUGGAAACAUGGUACCGAAUCUUGCGAACAUAUUUUUGGAAUUGCUUGUCAAUUUCGUGCAGAUUUUACAUAUUUAGAAAUUCUUCAAAUGGUUCCAAAAAUUAGGCAAUAUUCCAGAACUGUUCAAUCAGAUGGUUUGCUAUUUACAAAAGAAAAAACAUAG